AUGGUGUCUCUAUCUAGGAUUGCUUUCGUCACCUUUGGGGUCAUUCAUGGGGCAAAUGCGUGGGGUGUAUUGGGCCACGCGACUGUUGCCUAUGUCGCCCAACACUACAUUUCUCCCGAAGCCGCGUCAUGGGCACAAGAAAUUCUCAACGACACUUCUAGCUCGUAUUUAGCAAACAUUGCUUCUUGGGCGGACCAAUAUCGCCUCACAGAUGACGGCAAAUGGUCAGCCCCACUGCACUACAUUGAUGCUAUGGAUGAUCCUCCAACAAGCUGCAACGUGGACUAUGAGCGCGACUGUGGAGAUGAAGGCUGCUCAAUCUCUGCCAUUGCCAAUUAUACCCUGCGCGCGGGGGAUGGUAGACUUAGUGCUGAUCAUACCGCCGAAGCCCUCAGAUUCCUCGUGCACUUCAUUGGCGAUCUCACACAGCCACUGCACGACGAGAACUACGAGGUUGGCGGAAAUGGUAUCAAGGUCACUUUCAACAACUACACUGACAACCUUCACGCGGAUUGGGAUACAUACAUGCCUGCACAGCUGAUUGGCGGUAGUUCGCUUGCCGAGGCAAAGGGAUGGGCCGACAGCCUGGUGGAUGAAAUCGCCGCUGGCACCUAUAAGAACCAAGCUAAGAGCUGGACCAACGGCGAUACUAUCAGUGAUACUGUCACUACUGCUACCCGAUGGGCAUCGGAUGCCAAUUCCUUUGUCUGUACAGUUGUCAUGCCGGAUGGAGCUGCUGCCCUGCAGACUGGCGAUCUCUAUCCGAAAUACUAUAACUCCGCCAUCGGCACGAUUGAGCUGCAGAUUGCUAAAGGCGGUUACCGACUGGGCAACUGGCUCAACAUGAUCUACAAGCAAAAGAUUGCUGCCAAGUAUAAGUCAGGGAAAUUCGGCAAAGGGUCUCGAGAGCCAGCGCCUGAGCCAGAGUUCUUCCGAUCGUCUCUUCGUGAGCCUCGUGAAAUGAGUCGCGCAAAUCUGGCUAGAGCGGCCAUGGGAGGAUCUUGCUGCACCUCGGAAGGGCGUGAGCAUAGCCAUUGA